CUCUGCAGUCCCGGUAGGAACGGGCGGCCCGGGAUCUCUCCAGUCCCAGUAGGAACGGGGAGCCCCGGGGUCCCAUAAGGACUGGGGGUUCUGGAGGUCCUGUUAAGGCUGGGGGUCCCCAGCUUGGGGUUUCCAGGAGCACUGGGGGAAUCUCAGGGGACCGGGUAGGGCUGGGGGUCCCCAGCAGGUCCCAGUUAUGCCCCCAUUUGCCCCCGAGCCUUAUGCCCGCUUUUUCCGUGGACACAACGGGGCCCGUGGGGCACCCAAAGGCCCGUGGGAACCCCCAGAGCGCCCUGCAGCCGGGGUUGAGGGGUUUCACCACUUCCAGCUCCGUGCCCUUCCGCUUGCACAACAUCUGCUGGGCUGUGGCCACCUCCACGCUCCUGCCACAGCAGCUGACACAACCCCGUGGCUCCAGCCGCUGGCCAAACUGGACUGUGACCUCUGGGGUGUCCCCUCCUGCAGGUCCCCAACCCACCUGGAGGGUCCCACACAGGAGACAGCCCCGUGUGAGCCCCCAAAUCCCAACCAUCCCACUGCUCCCACUCUAGAAACCCUGAACAAGGCAGCACUGUCCCCACUCGGGCGGGUCUCUGUCCCACGCCUGUCCCCAGCCAUCGGGUGGCCCUGGCUGAUAAUACCCCAAGUGUUUGUGACCUCGUUCCAGCUGGAGAGCCCUUUUUUUCUUUUUUUUUUUUUUUUUGUGUUUGUGCUGCCAGAGGACAUUGUCCCCCUUGCAGCCCUCCCAAAACCCAGAGCAGUGCCCUCAUUGCUGCGUCCCCUUGGGGGCUCAGCCCCUGGUCCCUUCUCAGAGAGGGACAUCUUUGGGCUGUCACGUGUGAGCAGGUGACAGAGACCCCAAAGAGCACAGAGACGGGAGACCCCCAGCUUCCUGUGGAGCUGCUCAGCCAAACUGCCCCCCAUGGCCCCGAAAAACAGAGCAGCUCAACCCCUUGGAGGGAUCAGCAUCCUCCAAAGGGCUCCCAGCUGGAAUUUUCCCUGUGCCGAGUGCUGGAGGGGCCGAGCUGAGACCCAGGGUCUAUUUUGGAGCAGGAACACGGGAUCCUCUUUGCCCAUGACAGUGCUGGAGGAGGAGGAGGAGGAGGAAGAGGAGGAGGCAGAAAUAGUCUAGAAAUAGGCCGAAAGCCAAGCACUGGCAGAACUGCUUGGCACCAUCAGAAAUGAGCUGAACGCAGAGAACAGGGAGGGAAAGGGAGGAAAAUAAAGAACCCCUAAAGCACCAAAAGAAUGUUGAUCCCAGGCAAAGCCCAGGGAGAGGAGGGCAAGGGCUGCCCUCAGCCUCUCAGGUGUAUGGAUCUGGCCUGUGCCCCCCAAAAGGGAUUUGGGGGUCUCAGUGAUGCCGGGGCAGGGGGAUUCCCUGGUUGCAUCGGGGUUUUCUUUGUUGCCCCUCCCCACCUGUCAGCUGUGGGGAAAGGUGGGGUGUGAGGUGCCCCCACCCUGGCUGAAGCCCCCCUCAGCCCUGGCAGUGAUGCCAGUUUGGGGUGUCUCCCUCUAUUUCUCAUUCCAUAUCUGGCUUUGGCCACAAAACUGGGAUAUUUUUGCCUUGUGACCUGAGGACCAAAUACCCUCACUCUCAGAUUAAAAAAAAACAAAAACAAAAACAAAACCACAUUUUUUGGGUUUCUUUGAGCCAAAUUUCCCUGGUUUUGACCUGCACAGUGCAAGUUUUGGGGGUACCACAGCACCCCAUAUCUUCACACGCAGGUAAAAGAAAUAUUUCCCAGCUCCUUGCAGACUGAAAAUGCCCCGUUAUUGCCUCCAGCUCCCAGCACGGAGCUGAAGGCUUCAGCAAUGAACUGGGGCUUGCUGCAGGUUUAAUUUAUCCUCGUCUCGGGGGUCCAGCGCGCAGGAUCCCCCCCGCGCCUCCGCCCCUGCCGUCCUCCCCUCCCCGGCGCGGGUGGGAGCCGCUGACUCAUCUGCCAUCAUCAUCAUCCUCCCCCCACGAGGAAGGGCGAUCCGAGGGGCUGCAUUGCAGACCCAGCCGCGCCAGCAGACAAAAGCGACGCCGCUGCCUCCGCCCGCGGCUCCCCGGCACAAAGAGCCCGGCCGGCAUCGAGCUCACCCGGACAGCCUGAAAAUGCUGGACACCAUCAGCAGCCAGUACGACUCCUUCAUCUACUGGAGGAUGCCGAUCCCGCGGCUGGACGUGGCCGAGCUGGAGGGGCUGGGGCUCGCAGACAUGGCCCUCUACAAGCCCAAGGGAGGGCUGGGCAAGCUCGGGGACCGGGGCAGCCAGGACCUCUCCCAGGAAGAGGACAGUCUGCUGCAGUUCAACAGCUUUAACUUCUGGCGAGCUCCCAUCGCCAGCAUCAGCUCCUUAGAUUUCGAUUUAAUUUGAAGCCCUGCCUGCCUGUCCUCAUCCCCCUGCUCUCUCUCUUUCCGCCAGGCAUGCCAGGAUUUGGUUUUGUUGUCAGUUUGGAGGCUGUUGGGUUGUUUUUUUGUUUGUUUCUGGGCAGUUUUGCCAUUGCUAAUUCACUCAGCAGUUCACCGGGGCCUUGAUGGUGAUGGGCUCCCCGAAAAUCUCCAACCCCUCUCCACCCUCUCCCCUUUUUCCUCCUGGAAUCACAAAUGAGGGGCAAACACGAGGGGAGGGGGCAGAAACAAACCCCCAUCGCCCCUCUCCUUAUCCAGAGGGUUUGGGAGGUGCCACCCCUCAUGUCAGUGCGACCGUGGCUGUCCCCACCCUGUGUGACAAUUUCUCAGCUCAUGUCUCAUGUGCUUUUUUAAGAAAUUCAUUUGUGCAGAUGGGGCAGUGGAGGAGCAAUGGGAAUCGCCCUGGUUUCUCAAAAAUCUGCUUCGUCCCCUGCCCUUCCCCUCGGGAAUGCAAGGUGGAAGAGGCAGGGAUGUGCCCAAGAUAUCAGCACAAACCUUCUUCUUGAGAAAAAUAAUAAUUUGAGCCUUGUGGUAUGAGCCCAAGCUGAAAAAAUUAUGUCCAGGAGGGUAAAUAGACAUGGAAAUGCUCUGACCUUGCUCGGUGGGGUGUUUAUUGCCCCAAAUUUGACUUUUUUCAUCCUUUUUUGAUGCCCCACGUGGUUUAUUCCCAGUGCAGCUCCUGGCUGGGACAGAUGCUGGGCACAUUGUGGGGUCUGGAAGGGUGAUGGGGCUGGAAGAUGGAGAAUUUAGUCUGAUCUUACCCCCAAAUGAAAAUAUUUCAGGUUUUCCACUUAAUCAAACGCUUUGAAAACAACAACGAACAGCGCUGCAUUCGUUCAAGUGGAAGCCUUGAGUUUUCUCCGGGGAGAUUUUCACCUGCUGAGGUUUAUUUCUGGGCAUCAUCUCAAAAUGGGGGGGAAAAACCCAACCUGGAAUAAUUUUUGGCUUUUAAACAGGCUUUUUUCCCUCCCCAAGAUUGUUUUCUGGGAUUGGUUUGUGUUCUUGAAUGUGCUUUUUUUGGGUUUGGUUGGGAUGAAGUGAUGUGGAGCAUCCCAAAAUCAUCCUGAGAGUUGGGGGGAUGUGGCUGGGAGCAGGCUGAGGCAGCACUUAAAAAGUGCCAGAAAUAGGCAACAAUCGGAAAAAAAUCUGCAUUCUACUGUGAAAAUUGGAUGCAGCUCUCCUGUAAUCUCCAGAAAUAAUCAAGUGUGCUGAUUUUGAACUAUCUGUGUAAAACCAGAGGUGAAAAAUGUAAACUCUCCUCUGCAGAGCUGUUUGCCUUCUGUGUUCCCAGCUAGGAAAACCUGCAGGAGAAGUAUUUAUUAUGAAACUUUAAAUAAAAUCAGUUUAAAACAUA